AUGCUGCCUACUAGUCGUAGAUCUGACACGAGCCGACGUCCUUCAGGCCCGAAAGGACUCGGCAAAGCUCACGGGCUGCUGAAGAUCGCCGAGAACGCGGAGCGCAGUGGGCGGGGCGGUAGCAGCCCUGGGCUGCCCAGCUCUCAAUUAGGAGUUGCAGGAGAGAGAAGCCUGCGGGAAAGUAGCACUAGUGAAGAAGAGACUGAGGAUGAGAAGAUUGCUCCAUUGAGCGAUUCAGUGACUGAUGAUCUCCAGAUUGACAGUAAUUCAUCAGCUGGUGAACUAGUAUCAGGACUAAGUUUGCAGCAUGAUAUUUCUAGCUCUCUUCUAAGCUAUUCAAUCACAGAUUCUUCUAUAGAAUGCAAGAGUUUUGAAGAGAAUUUAAGUAGCUUCCCAUCACCUGAACUCUUCAGAGGAUCAGAUUAUUUAGAUUGGGAGUGUCCCAAGUUGGAAGAAUACAUGCAAUGCAAGAAUUCUACUCUUCUGGAUACCAGUAAAGCAGUAGCAAUAGAGAAGGCACCACAGUUUUCAAACCUCUCUGCAAUUUUAGAUAAUGCAGCUUGUGAAGUACUUGCUGAGAAAACUUACCCUUUAACACCUGAAAAAACAAAGAAAAAAAACACAAACCCCACUAUUCUUGAUAAGAAAAGCAGAGGCCUGUUAACAAGUACUCCGACUUCGCAAACAGCUGGUUUAGAGAUUGAUCUGUCCUCAGUACAAAAAUCAUCUUUGGAUGAACUAUUUCCAAAUGUCAGCAGCUGUGUUAAUUCAGAUGAAAUUGUUCCUGUGUCAAGUUCCCAGGAAAAUUCUUCAAAUGAGGUUCCUUUAAAUACAUCAGAAAUAUGUUGUAUUAUUAGAGCAUCACCAGGCACUAGACAAGUGAAAAGUAAAGGUGUUAUUGUAAAGAAGAAGAAAUAUUCUCUUCCUAAAGAUAUUCCUCAAGGUUAUGAAGUUUUCAAGGACAGAGCCCACAUAAUAGACUUCUAUUUCUAUCUCUAA